AUGUGGGGCGAGUGCCUGGGCUUGCUGCAGCUGCUGGUCUUCACUUCGGGCCAGCCGAGCCCUGGCCCGGUCACAAGCGGCUGGGACGCCCUCGGGCCGCCGCCAAUGCUCGCCCGCCUGAACCUCACCGCGGUUGGCGCCGACUGGGCGCCGGUGGCGCAGAUGCCUCCCGAGCUGCGGCAGGGCCUCCUGGCUGAGCCCUGGGCCUGGCACUCCCACGGCUUCUCCGUGGGCCUGGAGGCCUUCGAGCAGAGCAAGCCGCUCGUGGAGUUCUGGGACCUCGUCGCGGUGGGCCAGGACCGCAAGGGGAUGCCCUUCGUGGACAUCAUACAGGCCAAGAAACUACCGAUCUACGGGCUCAUGUGGCACCCCGAGAAGAAUGCCUACGAAUUCAUGCCCGAGAGGCUGGGCAUGUUCAACGCCAGCCAGGAGCUCCCCGCCCGCUCCGCGCCGGCCGCCAGGGCGAUGGGGUCCCUGUCGAGCUUCUUCGUGGAGGCCUGCCGGCGGUACCGCACCCUGCGCUUCACCCAGGAGGAGCUGGGCGCCUGGAAC